GCUAAACUGACUUCUCCGUUGUCAGCACUGUUUUGUCUGCGGACGCUCCGCCGCACCACACACGGGAGGAAAUGAAGAGAAGUUCGCGCUGCCGUCGACCUGCAGCUCCCACCUGGAGGAGAAGGGGCGCGCUCAGCUCAUGGACAUUUAAGGAUCAAUAGAGGAUGAAAAAGAGAUGGCAUCUACUAAGGACUCACCCAUGGAACUUGGAUUCGUUGGAGAGAUCACAGAAAGCAGCCACACCGAUUCUGAAAUAGAGACAAUCAUUCCCCCAGAUGAGUGUACACAAGACCCCACAAUGGAAAUGGACCAGGCGGUCAUGGACAACUUGGGGCAGCUUUUCGAGCGAUGCAUCCAGCAAGUGUCCCGUCUAGAGAAGCAGCGGGACGAGCUGAUACAGGAGCUCCUCCAUCUGCAGGAGCCCAUGCUGCGGGUUGUGGAGCACCUGAGAGGGAAGGUGGUGGAGAAAAAUAGGCUGCUUACUCUGACUCAGCUGGAUUACAUGGCUGUUUAUGCGGAGGUGCAGCAGGUGAAGAGGAAACUGUUUGCCAUGGCCAGAGACUGCAUCCAGAGCCAGGUGACACUGGCUGCACAGGAGUAUGAGGUGGCUCAGUCUGCUGUUACACAGGAAGAGCUCAAGGCCCACAUCCAAAGUCUGACUCAGGAGCUAUGCGAGCUCCCAGAGGCCCACAAAAACCAGCUUAACUCCCUGAGGGACCGGGCUACUAAGCUCUGCAGGCCCAGGACCAUGAGCGAUGUCAGCCAGUGCCGCCAGGCUUCUGUCAGACUGCAGCGGCGGUUCAGCGGCAGCGUGACGGCACUGGAGGGCUGGUACGAGCCUCGGCUCAUGGCCCUGCUGAAGAGGAGGCAAAUUGGGGAGGACGCAUUGAGAAAGAGCAGAGAGCAGGCGAUGGACCAGAAGGCCAGCCUGGGGCCCCUGCGACAGGAAAUACAGAGACUGGAGGUGCAGAAAUCCUGUCUGGAGCAGAGGAUCAAUCUGAUGGAGAGGGAGAGGGAGGAGAGCAUCACACAACACAAGGAGACUGAGGAAAAAUUAAAAGAGACUCUGAGAGAACUAGAAGUGGAGUUUGAAGUUCAGAGAAAAUCUAAGAAAGAUUUGGAGGAUCUUAAAGAAGGCCUUUUAACAGAGCUGAAAUUUCUGAGAGGCUGCGAUUAAACCAGAGGAACCACUGCAGAGGAAGAGCACUAAAUUUCUAUUUACAGUGGAUAUUCUUACCAUGGAGAUCUACAUCAGACCAAACCACAAUAUUCACAUUUAAUGUCUAACAGCUGAAAAUUCUGACUUUGUAUUUAUUCAAUUCUACAGAUUAAUUAACUUAGCAAUUCGUUUUACAAAAUACUUCUUCAAUACAACCUCACGUCUGCCACGUUGUGCCAACAACAAAAACAGGUUUAAUGUAAAUAUUUUUUUAUUAUGAAUAUACUUAAGUUCACAAGAGAUCAGAUGCAGCACAGAAAAAAAUGCAGAGAGAAAAAACACAUACAAGUGACAACACACAAUCUGGAAAAUUCAUACUACAAAUAUCAAGCAAAAAAGAAAACCUACAGUAUGUACAAUUUUAUUAAAAAUGGAUCUCUGUAGAAAGGUUUCAGCACAACUAAUCAAGAAGAAAGAAAUAAAACCAUCAAAAUCCAAACCUGAACGAUGAUGGAUUCAUCUGCGAU